UACAAUUGGUCAUCUUAGGGGAGGAUUAGCCUUCAUAGAGCAAACUCAGACUUUACAGCAAGAGGAGACCGUGGAGCGGUGGUAUUACACAUCAUGAAGAUUCCACGCAUCACUCCAUGACUGCCUACCGUCCUAGCUUGAUCAAAUAAUUGGACCCCCCCAAAUUUUCCACCAUAAGAGCGUACUUAAUUGCCCUUAUAUAUUAGAGCACUCUAGCCCUUCCUUUUGAUCCAUUUCUACUUCCAAGAGAACAACUUUCCAUCUAUGAGAUGGAUCUUGAAGAGUGGGAGCUACUACCCCAUGAUGGGUUCAUUGAUUACCAUGAAGAUGGUGAGAAGAAGACUUUUGGGGCAAGCAAACGUAGUAGUAGUCCUAAUCCCAAAGCCAUGUUCGACAUGAACUACUUCAUGUGCCCGUCUUCUCCGCCAAAACAUUCUAGGGUGGUUCCUAAUCAACUUGUUCCAGUUCAUAUUCAGUUGGAGCCACCAACAAAAACUAGCAAGGAUGUCCCAGAAGAUCAUGUAAUCUCCAAAAAAGAUGUGGUCUCCAUGGUACCUAUCGACCUAAGCGCUGUGGUUCCCUCUGUGACCAUGCCAGAAGUCAAAGAAGCUGAUCAAGACUCAGUUUCUCAAGUUUUCUUCAAGAAAAUGAAGGAAAAUGAAUUUGUCGACAUGAAAUUGGACUCUCCAAAGUCCUCAAACACCAAGGGUGGUUUCGCACCCCCUCAAAUUGAUGCUGGUUCUACUUUUAACUUUGAAGACAAAAGUGAUCAUCAGGGGUAUACAGGUGAUCAGGUCCUGGAGACCACCAAGAUUAGUUCUCCAAGGAUCAAGAGCACUGAAAACGAAAAUAGUACAAAAAAGGAGGUGAACUGGGAGGAGAAUAGUAGUGGCUUGAAUUUAUGGAAGUUGAGCUUAACUGGGAUUGGUGCUAUUUGCACUUUUGGUGUUGCAGCUGCUACCAUCUGUAUUUUCAUUUUUGGAAAUCAGCAAAGAAACAAGCAGCAACAACAGAACCAAAAGCUGAGCUUCCAGAUUUACACUGAUGACAAGAGGAUUAAGCAAGUGGUCCACCAUGCAACAAAAUUGAAUGAAGCAAUUUCAGCAGCCAGAGGAGUUCCUAUCGCUAGAGCUCACAUUACCUAUGGCGGCUACUACAAUGGUCUUUGAAGCAAAAAUGCCUACCAAAAAAAUCCCAGUUGUUCCCUAGCGGCAAUUGUGGUGGUGGAUCUGCCACGCUAGUUUACAAGGUUCUUAUAUAGGGUUGUCUCCAUCUUUUUGUACAUAAAAAUAUAUGUGAUGUUCGUGUAGAUAGCAGGUUCCUGUGAAUCCUGUCUGUAUCGGAGAUUCCUUGUGCUUAUGUGUAGGAGCCACUUGUUUGACGUUGGUAUCUUAUAUGUGCGCGUCACAGCACUAGCUAAAAGUUUGUAUUGGGAUUCAUGAACCAAGUAAUUCUGUGCUGGUCUAGCAAUGCUUAAACACCGAUGAACGCAUUAAGCAAUAAAGUAAACCAGAGCUAUGCAUUAUUAUACAAA